AUGAACUGUGUGGUGCGCUGCGACAAUGCUCAGCCCUUCAACUGCAACGACGCCGCCGAGACCUGCUUCCAGGACGUCUAUUCCACGCCUUUCGAUCCCACGACUAAUGUCGAGCAGAUCGUCGCCGACGGCGGUCCUGGAAAAGAUUUCGAGUGGGUCAUGUGCAUCGAAUCGAGGCUGGUGGGAACGACCAUCCAGAACGACACGUGUCAUCUCAACGUCAACGGUGCUACCGUCGACAUCGACAGCCAGCCCAAUUCGGCGUGGUCGAAGCAUCCGAUCAAGGGCAAGGGCAGCAUGUUCUUCGCGUACCUGGCCAUCUUCCUUUGCCUCACCAUGGUGAUUGCCGCCGCGCCCUUCGAAGCUGGACGCCGCUACACCGGUCAGCUGCAGCAGCUGGGUGACGGCUCGUGGGUCAACAUCACUCAUCCUACCCAGGGCGACGGUCGCCUGCAGACCGUGGCUGGCAGUCCUUCCGGCCACACUUCGCUUCCUAUGAUGUACGAUUCGACCAACAUGUCAGGCUCUUCGACUGAUGCCUUGCGCUCGGGCAACAAGCGUCCGACAAUCUGCAAGGGGUUUGCUUGGGACCACUUCCACGUAUCGCAGACCGCCGAGACGGUUGCCAGCGACACGGUCGACUGCCGCGGUAGUGAAGUCGCCUGCACUGUCAACAUCACUCAGGGUAUCAAGAUUGCGACCGUCCUGCAGCCAGACGAAGCUGGCGCCAGGGUGGCAGGCUUCUCGCCGAAGGCACUGGCUUCCGGGUUGGAAGACGCCCUACCCGUCAACGAGAUUGUCAAAAACCUGACUGUGGCCCAAGACUUCAAGGGUCAUGUGGCCGCUAGGGCUCCUACGAUGGUGUACGAGGGCAACUUCACCGACUGUGACGACGGCUCCGAGAAGCCCGGCCGCGUCUUGGCAGUCAAACGUCCACUCAGCUACCGUCUCAUCUCGUACGACGACGACGAAUGA